CCUUCCAAAAAUCCAGGCAAAUUGGAUGAGCAGUGGGGAUGGUUUUGUAAUAGUACGAAACUCUUGAACCGUAAGGAACAAAGAAAGAAGCAAUCUUGAAAGAAAUGUAAAGAAAUCGACCGCCUUCGCGUCCACAACUACAACUCUACAAGGCAGGCGUGCGUAUAUCGAAAUUCAUACGAAAUGAAUUUUGGCAUUUGCUUUUGCCUCUCAUCGUCGCCCUGAAUAUUGAUCUGUUAUCUCCAAUGAGUAAUGAUAUUGAAGAUGAUUCCUUUACGAUGCCUCUUGGGAGAUGGUCGGUUUUCUACUAUGGCGUGGGCCACAUGCUCAACGACAUCACUGCUGCAUGCUGGUUUACUUAUCUCUUGUUGUUCCUCACAGAUAUUGGACUCUCCCCCAGGAAUGCUGCUACCGUAAUGCUUUCAGGUCAGAUAGCUGAUGGAUUUGCAACCAUAUUUGCUGGUGAACUGAUAGACAGGUUUGGGCAUUUCAAAAUAUGGCAUGGUGCAGGAUCUAUUUUGGUUGCUGUUUCAUUUUCUUCUGUUUUUGGCGGUUGCUUACCUUGCAAAAUCCUUGCUACGUGUUCAUCGACAGUAGAGACUAUUUCCUACAGUACAUUUGCUGCAAUUUUUAAUGUGGGAUGGGCUGCUACUCAGGUUUCACACAUGUCUAUGGUGAAUUGUAUCACUCUCAACUCAACAAGCAGAGUAGUGCUGGCAAGCUGUCGAAAUGCUUUUACAAUGGUUGCAAAUCUCAGCCUAUAUGGAAUUGCUUUAAUAGUAUUUGAUGUCAGUAGUGCAGAAACACAUGAUGAUAUUGAGAAUCAGUAUCGUUGGAUUGCAUACGUGUCAAUUUUUAUUGGAUGCUGCUUUGUGGGUGUAUUUCAUCUUGGAACAAAAGAGCCAAGAUCAAAAAUAGGUGUACAAGGAGAUUGCCAUGCAAGGAUUUCAUGGGCUUACUGGUUCCAGAAAGUUCUAUACUAUCAAGUUGCUCUUGUUUAUGUGCUUACAAGAUUAGUAUUAAAUGUUUCACAGGCUUAUCUUGCAUUUUAUGUAAUUAAUGAUUUGCGGAUGGCCCAAUCAGCUAAAGCUUUGAUUCCUGCCAUUAUCUACAUUUGCAGCUUCAUUGUAUCUGUUGUUCUUCAGGGGAUUGCAUGGAAUGGCCAACGCCUGAAGGCCUACUAUUCUGCCGGGGGAAUCCUUUGGAUGUUUUGUGGUGCAGCUAUUUUCCUCUUAACUAGGAGCCUGAGCUCUUUUAUAUAUGCAAUAUCAAUAUUUAUUGGAAUAGCAAAUGCAUUAAUGACGGUAUAUGGACUCAAUCAGACUUCUGUCCUAAAUGUUGAUUGUGACUUUUAAGCAUGCUUUACCUGUGAGAAUCAGCAUGUAGUGCCUGAUCAUAAAGCCUGGUUGGCAUGGCAUUGGAGUCCUCUAGCCACUAUUCAUCCAUAUGUAUUUUUCAGCCUGCCAGCCAUAUGUUGGCAUUAAAAAUUUCAUAAAAAGCUUAGAGUUUUAUUUUUGGCAUUCUUUGAAUGAUAUGAAAACAUGAAAUUUUUUAUUUUGAAUAAGGAUUAAUGGAUACCAUCUCUUGUUUACUUGGCUGUCAUGUCAAACAUAUUAAAAGUCAGAGUUAGAUCACCCACAGCAUAACAGUGCUUCAUUUCUAAUGCUUGGAGUCUAUUUUGGUCAUACUAUCUACUUUUACAAAAUUGAGAUUUCAAAAGGAAAAAAAAAAAAAUUGUUUACACUUGUUGCUUUGACCUCAUCUUUUAUUUGUUGAUACUGUGAUUUGUGUUUUUAAUGGACCAUAGGUGACUGCAGUAAGCAUGCAGAGUGUUCUAAUUGGUCAAGAUCUCAAUGGCUGUGCAUUUGUCUGUGGAUCACUGAGUUUCCUGGAUAAAGUUUCAUGCGGGCUUGCAUUAUUUAUUCUUCAGUCAUUUCAAAGUACCUCAACUAGAGUUGUUGGAAACUAUUCUACAAAUGCCUCAAUUUCAGUGACAAGAUAUGGUUUAGGUCUUGUUCCAGCAUUUUGUUCACUUGCUGGAGUAGCUGUCACUUAUACAAUGAAACUUCACUACCGACUUACCAAACCAUUGAUGGAACCGCUUCUGGAAUGAUUUCUGGAAAGUGCCUACCUGCUGAAAACAAACGCAACAUGUUUUAUUGGGCGCAGUGAGACUUUUGAGGCAAUUAUUAAACCAGGAAAGCUGCAGCCCAGCAAUACCAUUCUUCUAAUUUGCAGGUCAGGUUGCAGAGAUCAGCAGGUGAUUUGUCCAUUUUUCCGGGAAGCCAUUGAUGUUAUGCCUCUAGACAGUCUGCGCUGAAUCCUU